GCGCGUGCGCGCCCCCCCUCGCCGCUAUAUAAGGGCGGGAGCGGGCGGUGCCCGCGGCGCCGCAUUGCAGACGGGCACGGAGGGGGAAGCGAUGGCGCGGGCGCAGAUCUUCGGGUUCCUCAGCCUUCUCGGGCUCCUGGCCUUCGCCGUGGCCAGCCCCGUGCUGUGGCAGAAGGAGUGUGCGAAGGGGCCGGAGGUGUGGUGUCAGAGCAUUCGCACGGCGUCGCAGUGCGGGGCGGUCAAACACUGCCAGCAGAACGUCUGGAACAAGCCUGCCGUGAGCAGUAUUCCCUGUGACUUGUGUAAGGAGCUUGUGACAGUUGCUGGCAAAGUUUUAAAGGAUAAUGGCACUGAGGAUGAGAUCCGCUCUUACUUGGAAAAGACGUGCGAGUUUCUUCCUGACCCAGGCCUUGUCUCUGAGUGCAAAGAAAUUGUGGAUUCCUACCUACCAGUCAUCAUGGAUAUGAUCAAGGAAGAGCUUGAUAAACCUGAGGUUGUGUGCAGUGCCCUCGCCCUGUGCCAGUCCCUUCAGAAGCACCUUGCAGCAAUGAAGCUCCAGAAGCAGCUCCAGACCAACAAGAUCCCAGAGCUGGAUUUUUCUGAGCUGGCAUCCCCGUUCAUGGCUAAUGUGCCUCUUCUCCUUUACCCUCAGGACAAGCCCAAGCAGAAGCCUAAGGCGAGUGGGGAUGUGUGCCAAGAUUGCAUUCAGCUGGUCACUGAUGUUCAGGAAGCUGUGAAGACAAACUCCUCUUUUGUGAAGUCUUUGGUUGCUCAUGCCAAGGAGGAGUGUGACCGUUUGGGGCCUGGGAUGUCUGAUAUGUGCAAGACCUACAUCUCCGAGUAUUCUGACUUGGCCAUCCAGAUGAUGAUGCACAUGGCUGUGUUCAGUAAUGCAAGAAACUGUUUCUGUUUGCAGAAUGUGAUGUUUCUGGCAGCUUUAAAGAAGCAACCAAAGGACAUUUGUGCCAUGGUUGGGUUCUGUUCUUCUGUGAAGUCUGUUCCCCUUCAGCCUCUGGUGCCAGCUCAGGUGGUUCAUGAGGUGAAAAUGGAAAUUGUGGAGAAAGCCUCAGUUCAAGAGAAGACCUUUUCCUUGUGUGAAAUCUGUGAGACCAUGGUGAAAGAAGUGACCGGCCUCUUGGAGAGCAACAAGACAGAGGAGGAGAUUGUGCAUGAGAUGGAGGUGGUCUGCCGCCUGUUCCCGGGGAGUGUCAAGGACCAGUGCAAGGACUUCAUCGAGGUCUAUGGCCAGGCCGUGAUUGACAUGCUCUUGGAGGCCACAAAUCCCGAAGCUGUGUGUGCCAUGCUGAAAUGCUGUGCAGCCAGCAAGCUUCCCCAGCAGCCAGUUGUAGUGAAACCUGCAGGUGGCUUCUGUGAUAUCUGCAAGAUGGUGGUGGCUUAUGCAGACAAAGAGCUGGAGAAGAAUGCCACGACAGCUGAAAUUGAAGCUUUACUGGAAAAAGUCUGUCACUUCCUGCCAGAGUCUGUCAGUGAGCAGUGUGUGCAGUUUGUGGAACAGUAUGAACCCGUGGUUGUGCAACUCUUGGCAGAGGUGAUGGAUCCCACUUUUGUUUGCACUAAACUCGGAGUCUGUGAGUCAGCCAAGGAGCCUCUCCUGGGGAACGAUGCCUGUGUCUGGGGUCCGGGCUACUGGUGUAAGAACAUGGACACUGCUGCUCAGUGCAACGCUGUUGAUCACUGCAAACGUCAUGUGUGGAACUAGAAGAAGAAUUUCCAGUUCUGAAAGUUUGCCAUGGCUCUUAGGAAAUGUGGGCUGAGGUUGGCGGAGAGCUGUAUCUCACCUGUCCCUCCUCUCUGCCUCAUUAACAAUUUGACCUUCAAGUUCCUUUGUUGUAACUCUUCUGUAGCAGUGCUGCUGUUGAAGGAUCAGAUUUUUGUUGUUGACUUAACAAAGAUAUUUCUGAUUGUACAGUUUAACCCAUUAUGCUCCUAAAAAUAGUCAGUGUGUUGUAGAUUUUUUUUUUAAUUGGUAGGCUGAAGUGGUUUUUUAUGUGCUGGGAAGAAUGGCAGAGAUGGUGAAAUGAGACUAGGCUCUUAUCUUUUAAUUAAAAAAAAAGAGAGUGGGAUAGUGACUAAACUUUCAAAUGUUUUUCUGUAGGCAGCAUUGGGAAGAUUUUACAUGCUUUGCAUUUUUAACAUCUGGCUGGAAUGUUUAUUUUCUGUAUAUGGGAACUCUAAGGGAUAACAUUGAAUCUGGGAAUCCUUUCGGCUGGAAUUUUCAAAGCUCUGCAGAUGCAGAGGAGGGGGCUUUGUGUGCCCAGCUAGCUUUCAAAAUCACUGGUACUUAAAAAGAUGCAUUUGAGUGGUCAGCCUUUGCAUCUGAGUGACCAUGCUUGUGGCUCAUGGUGUUGUUAUAGCUAAGGAAAACUUUCCCUCAGCCUGCGAUCACAUCCUUCUGAUUUCCUCGGACUGCUCGGUCUCAGCACGGGUGUUCUGCUGCCAAGCCCAGUCCAGUGGGAUGUCAGUGUCCUGAAGCAUGCUGGCGUACCUGAGCAAUGACUCCCUUUUUUCUUAUCCUAGUUGCUCAAUUCAGCUUGGUCUUGCAGCUUCCCACAAGCAGCCAGCUGGGUGCUGAGGAGGUAGCAUGAGCUGUCACUGGGAGAUGGAGGAGGAUCCAGUCAGCAGGAGCUGGGAAUGUGUCAAAGGGAGUUCAGCACUGAGGGUGGAAUUAGUGGAAAAAUGGGUUUUACUGUAACCUGUUCCUUGAUCUGUUUUUCCUCUCACAGCAUAUUUCAGUCAUGUAAAACUGCAGAGGUGCUGUGAGGCCUGGGGGCACCUCCCACUGCUGCUCACCCACUCUCACUGCCACCCUUCUGAGUAACUGGAGGUAUGAAUUGUUAUCCAGGGCUCCCAUUUCUGUUGGGAAAUGCAGCAAGCAGAGAUGGCAGAUGGUAGGAGGACUAAAGUAGGUAUUUGAAGCUCUGCUGGCACACUUGGCAGCCUGCCUUUCACACCUCUCUGAAAUUCCACAUAAAUGGCAUAAAUCCCCCCAAAAAGCCUUUGAGGCAGGCUGCUACCCUGGGAACAUGGCAGGCCCUUGAUGUGAAGGGUCCUUGGGAGUGAGAAUGCUGCUUUUAUUGCUUGGGAUGGACCUUGCACUGGGUGUGCACUUCAGGUCAGGUUAAUCCCCAAAGCAGAGGCACUGAAGUAGCUCUGAGGAGACCUCUGGGAGCAGCUGGGCAGAUGUGGAGCUUUGAAAAUUCCAGUCCUGUUCAGAAAGAUGCUGGUAACUCCUGCUGUUCCUGUGGUGUGUGGGGCAUGCAGGAGCUCCAGCAACAAUGCUGUAGCUGCAAAGUGAGUGUUUUUCAUUGGAAGACCACUGGACUGCAGGUUUCUCGUUGAUCUGUGUACAUAAUAAAAGCCUGAGCAGUGCUGACAGAUGGCAACAGAGGUUAUUCUCCCCUGUUUCCUGAAUGCUGAAGCACUCAUGGCUUUAAACAAGAGGAAGAAAAAAGGAAAAUUUCCCCUAAAGUCGUAAAAUACCUGCAGCUUUCGUCCUGGCAGGCCUUGUGCAGUGGUUCUGGUGGUGUAUCCCAGCUGGGGUAGAUAGAGCAGAUAGGAGAUGGGCUCUGUCCCUUCGGCAUGGCUGCCCUGGAGGGACAGGUUGUGUUACACCACGGGACAGAGGGCGGCACUGGGUGUUUUAAACUGGGCUGUGUGGAUCCUUCCUGGGGGAGGUGGGGCUGCACUGACAACUUGGCAGGCUGGGAAGGUUCUGUUUUCCUGGGGUUUUUAGUAGGGUUCAUGCUAGCGACCCGCUGGGCAAGGUGAACCGGGGAAGUCCUGUGCUGCUGCUGGGAGUCCCUUUAGUUUUCUCCUUCCUGUGGACUGUGGCACCUGACCUGCUUGAGUCAUGCUGGGGGGACACUGUGCAGUUGCUUUCUAAAGAACAUUGUCUUGAUUUUUUUUUUGGUUUUUUUUCUCUUUUUUUUUUUGCACAAAAGCUUCCUUAAUGAACAAUAAAAACUUCUGUAAACCGAUAAA